AUGCUUAAGAAAAAGAGAGGGAAGGAGGGCAAUGCGGCCAAGUACACGACGCGCAAUCAGGCGCUCGUGCGCCUGCAGCUCAAACUAGCCGACUUCAGGCGGCUGUGCAUCCUGAAGGGCAUUCACCCGCGCGAGCCGAAGAAGAAGACCAAGGGCGCGCACAAGACGUACUACCAUGUCAAGGACAUCAACUUCCUCGCGCACGAGCCGCUCCUCGAGCUGCAGAGGGAGCUGCGCGCGCAGAGGAAGAAGAUCCGCAAGGCCAAGGGGCGGCUGGAAACGGAGAAGGUGGAGCGCCUGGAGCGGAGCAUGCCCCGCGUGUCACUGGACCACCUCGUGAAGGAGAGGUACCCAUCGUUCAUCGACGCGAUCAGGGACCUUGACGACGCAUUGACCAUGCUGCACCUCUUCGCCACGCUGCCCGCCGACGCCACCUUCCGCAUCCCCGCCACCCGCGUUAACAACGCGCGCAGGCUGUCUCUGGAGUGGCAGGCGUACAUAACACGGACUCACGCGCUGCGCAAGGUGUUUGUGUCGGUGAAGGGCAUCUACUACCAGGCGCACGUGGUGGGGCAGCCGGUGACGUGGCUGGUGCCACAUCAGCUCAUGCAGGUCAUGCCCACUGACGUGGACUUCCGAGUGAUGCUCACCUUCCUCGAGUUUUAUGAGACCCUAAUGGGCUUCGUUAAUUUCAAGCUGUACCACGAGCUGCGACUCGCAUACCCUCCGCGCCUCGACCCGCGCCUCGAGAAGGCUGCAGCAGACCUGUACGCGGUGAUGCGCAAGCUGGCAGAGGCAGCAGCAGCAGCGAGGCAGAAGCGAGAGAGGAAGGCUUUCAAGGCAGCUGCUGCUGCUUCGGCCGCUCUUCUCGGUGCUGCUCCUGCUGAUGCUGAUGCUGCUGCUGCUGAUGCUGCUGAUGAUGAUGCUGCUGCGUUGCAAGAGAGGGCUGAGAAGAGCACAGAUGAGGGAGGAGAUGAGGGGAAGGCAGAGGGAGAGGCAGACGGUGCUGCUGCUGCUGCAUCGACAGCAGCAGAACCAGCAGCAGGAGAAGGAGAGGGCGCCGCCGCAGCAGCAGGACCCCCAGUGGAUCCCGAAAAAGAAGCAUCGGAGAAGCUUCCGUUGCUGCGCAAGCAAGCAACAGCAUCACGAAUGGCAUCCCUCCAAAGCCGCCUAGCAGCCAUGACGGCAGCAGCAGAGGCGAACGCCAAUGAGGAGGAAGAGAAAGCAGAGGGUGGCGCAGGGAGAAAAGGCGCGGGCGGAGCAGAGGCAGAGGAGGAGGAGGAGGAGGAGGAGGGGGAUGAGGAUGAUGAGGAGACGAGGGCGUGUCGGCGGUUGUUCAAAGGGCUUGUGUUCUUUCUCGGCCGGGAGGUGCCCAGGGAGCCGCUGCUGUUUGUGAUCCGCGCGUUUGGAGGCAGGGCGAGUUGGGAGGGCGAGGGUGCGCCGGCUCCUGAGACUGACGAAGCCAUCACUCACCAGGUGGUGGACCGACCACAGCAGAAGCACCGCAAUCUCUCACGGGACUACGUGCAGCCGCAGUGGGUGUUCGACUGCGCCAAUGCGCGCAUCCUCCUGCCCUCCGCGCCCUACGCCCCUGGCCUCGUCCCACCGCCGCACCUCUCCCCAUUCGUGAACCACGAGGAGGAGGGCUACCUACCCGACUAUGCCGCGGCGAUCCAACGGCUGAAAGAGGCCGCAGCGGCGCGAGAUGCUGCACAGCACAAGGGGGCGGCAGGGGGCAUGCUGGGCAUGGGGGGAGGGGGGGCGCUGAUGGAGCUGGAGGGGGCCCAUGAAGUGAGGAUGAGUGGCGAGGGGAGUGUGGCGGUGGGGGGAGGGGAGGACGAGGUGAAGGCUGAGGAGGCUGCACUGGCAGCCAAGAUUGCAGAGGUUGCGGCAGAAGAGAAGGCCUACGCUGCUGAUCUGGCCAAGGAGCUUUCAGGGGUUCCCUUCUCGUCCUCACUGGUCCAAGGCAAGAGGAGCAAGGACGGGGAGGAGGGUGAUGAGGGCGAUAACACAGCGGAAGGAGAAGAUGAGGGCGAGGGAGGCAAGGCAGACGAGGAGGAAGAAGAUGAGGAGGAUGGGGACGAGGAAGAGGAGGGUGACAAGGAGGAGAGGCGAGGAGGAGCAGCAGCAGUGCCAGCAGCGGCGGAGGAGAAUGAGGAGGAUGGGGGCAAGGCAGCAGCGCGCAUGCUGAUGAGUCGCAAGAGGAGGGGGUUGUAUGAUGCCAUGCAGAUGGGGCGUGCCAAGAAGGCUGCUGGUGUUGCCCUCCUGCACGAACGCCGCCUCAAAGCCGCUGCCGCUGGUGGUGGUGGUGGUGGUGGUGGUGGUGGUGGUGGUGGUGGUGGUGGUGGUGGUGGUGGUGGUGGUGGUGGUGGUGGUGGUGGUGGUGGUGGUGGUGGUGGUGGUGGUGGUGGUGGUGGUGGUGGUGGUGGUGGUGGUGGUGGUGGUGGUGGUGGUGGUGGUGGUGGUGGUGGUGGUGGUGGUGGUGGUGGUGCAAAGGGUGGUGGUGAGGGUGGGAAGAAGGGUGGGCAAGAGGGGAAGAAAGCGAAGCAGGAGAAGAAGGGGUGGCGAUAA